AUGUUUUACGAAGGGGAUCUCCAGAGCGGUAUUACGCUUGCUGUCCAGGAAGCAAAGUCCGUGAUUUGCUUCGUUCGAGACGAUGCUCAGGAAAGUGCUCAGUGGGAGAAGGAAUAUUUUGAUGAUGAGAUCGCUCAACUAGUCAAAGACAAUGCCGUUACUCUUCGGUUGACAGCAGGCACCCAGGAAGCUGGCUUCCUGACGUCCAUUUGUCCGAUUAAUACAUUUCCAACGGUAGUGGUGAUAAAAAAUGGGAUGAUCCAGGAGUAUAUUAUUGCGGGCACUCCGAAGGAUGACUUUCAGAAACGUCUGAAGGCUGUACUCGUACCGAACACAUCUAAUCCGACAGCUCCAGUCCAGUCGACACCUCAGAAUGCGGCAGCAAACACGACCAGUCCUCCUGCAGACACCUCGAACGUUCCGCCUGCGUCCAACCCACCAGCUCAGCCAGACCGCCAUACGCGACCACAAGCGCAAGACACAGAAAGGAGGAAUAGAGAAAGUAUCCGUGCCGGGAAACGACCAGUGGAAGCAUCUCAGGAGUCUGAGUCCGUCGCAGAUCGGUCAAAGCGAGAUCUGCAGGAGUGGAGGGAGCAACAACGGAAGCUGGAGCAGCAGCGAAAGGAGGAACGGGAACGAAUCCGCAACCAGAUCAAGCAAGACAGGGAGGAGCGGAAGCGCAGAGAGGCUGAAGAGAAGGCUAGGGCUACUCAUGGAGUGACACAAGCGUCUGGGUCGUCUCCGGCCAAACCGCAACAAUACCGUCUCCAAGUCCGACUGUUCGACGGCAGCUCCGUGCGAACGAGUUUCCCUCCUUCGGCCACUGUCCGCGGCGACGUGCGUCCUUGGCUCGACGAGCAGCGGUCCGAUGGCAACCAGCCGUACACCCUCAAACAUGUGCUGACGCCUCUUCCCAGCCAUACGAUCUCUGUCGCCGAGGAAGAGCGGACGCUGGAAGAGCUGGGCCUGGGCCCGACUGCCAACCUCGUCAUGGUUCCCGUGCACUCCUACACUGAGGCCUACUCAUCUUCUUCCAGCUCCAGCCUCCCUGUCCGGGCCAUCUCCGCGGGGUACAGUCUCGUUUCCGCUGUCGUUGGGACGGUAGCAGGGCUGGUUGGGUCAUUUCUUGGAUACGGCCCAGCAGGCACAACUUCUGCAGCAAGCAGCAGUAACACUCCUGUCAGUAGUAGUAAUAAUAACAACAGCUCUCAACAACUCGUAAACAACACCAAACCACCCCGACCCGCUGCUGCGUCAUCGCGAGGGAUCAACAUCCGGACAUUGAGAGACCAGAGGGAAGAGCAUGACAACAACCAAUUCUACAAUGGGAAUCAGCUCAAUUUCGAGCCUCGAAGAGACGAUGAUCGGAAGAACGAUUGA